UUUCUGUCAUUCAACAACUUUUACAGCAACGAGCCAGGACCUGCCGUGGAUUGAAAUCAGUCUAAAGCAGGACUAAAACAGGGCUAAACCAGGACUAAAUCAGGACCAAACCAGGAUUAAACCAGAGCUAAACCAGGACUAAACCAGGACUUCACCAGGAUCAACAAGUCUGGAUUUAGACUCUUUUCUCUUGAGACACAGUUGAGUGGGAGGAUCCGUGUGGACUGAGGAAUUAGACCUGCUCAAUAUGCCCUGGUCAGAGGAGGACGUGGAGGAGGUGAUCAUCAGUCCUGGCUCAGGUCAGGACUCCACAAAGCAGGAUAACCCCAGCGCUCGUCGUCAUGGCAGGUUUGACGCUUUACGGCGUGCGGCGGGGAGCUGUUGCCGUGACAACCACUACAGGCGGUUGGCAAUCUUCAGCAUCAUGUGCGGGCUGUCGUGUAUUGGGAUCAUUGCCCUCAAAUACUCUGUCAAGGCUAAAGAGCGACAGAGACAUGACCCGGAGAGCGCCGCCAUCUUUGCACGAAAGGCCAAAAAGUUCAGCAUCAUCUCCAUAGUAACGCUGUUUGUCACCAUCGGCAUGGCGCUCGCACUCAUGGCCCUCGUCUCAUACCUCGCCACAUUAAAAGACUAAAGCACAGACUUUUACUUUGGAGGAGCUACUGUUGCACCGGGGCAUGAGACUGACCCUGGAUCAGACACUCUUGAACUGAUAAAUGCACUUAAAUGUUUGUGUUACUUUGUGGAGUUUGCGUGUUCCGACCUGGGUCCUGGCUGCUCUGGUUAGGGCCUCCUGAACCGGGUCUUGGUUCAGACCUGGUCCCCUGCUCCUGUUGCUCCUGUUUGGACCUCCUGACCCGGGUCCUAGUUCAGAUCCGGUCCCCUGCUCCGGUUUUGGAGAGGACAGUUCUGAAAUACCUCAUCUCUCUUCAGCUGUGUUUAUAAAGUGAAAGGUCAGAUUUGUAAAACAGGAAAAGACUUGUCUAUAUUUUUAUAUAAACACGACUUGUGCUGUUUAAACAAGCUCUAAACAAAUUACAUACCACAAACUCAUUAAAACUGCACUAUGGAACUUUUCUGCACCACCUGCUCGUCUCCAUGAUGUUCAUGUACUGGAAUGUGUAUGGCUGUUUUUUUCAUUGACGAUUUGUUGAUUGCACUGAAAAACAAAAAAACUUGCAUCCUUACAGUGAGCGGGCUCGCAUCUCCACAGACCUGACUCCCAUUUAGCCUCCUCCUCCUGCUCUUUUUCAUGGAAAUUUGUUUCUUUGGAUAUAGUCUUUCUCAAUAUGGCAUUAAACUCAUCUAUCUCCAUGAAGAAUGUUUCAAAGUAUGGCUUCAGUGUUUUUCCUUUCCAUGGAAUCAUGCAGGUGACACUUUCAGAGCAAGUUACAGGUCAGAUCACUGGAGAGGCGACCCUGCUGAAAUACAGUAUACGAUGAAUGUUUGUCUCCUGUUGCAAACUUACUGCAGAAAAUGACCAAACUAUUCUCCAACAAAUAUAAUUCUAUGUGGUACUUUUGUGUUGACCUGGUUCAUGGUUCAAAUCUGUUUCAUGUGGAUAAGUUACAAACUUUUCAGUAUCUUCUCUUUCUGUAUAAAUAAAUGUAUAU